CCAUUUGGUUUCGCCAUGAGAUUCUGCUUACACUGGGUGGAUCUGAAGAGAGUAAUAGUCAAAUAUAUGAAGCAGGUCUGCUGUGUUGGGCUGCGGUGGUCUGAUUAUAUCUCGCGUUUUGUGGCCGAAUUGUGCUAUAAAGAAGAGGGUUUUGGAGCGGUGGGGUGUCCGAUUACAUGGUCCUCCGUAGAAAAGCCCCCGCCGCCGAUGUCUUCGCCUCUCUCCAAGCGAAAGCUGGAUGAUUAUGUCGACGACGCCCACGCCCUUCCUCAGCUGAAUCCCAUCAGGAUGCGAAAGGACCAGUCUGCCCUAUCAUCAUCAUCAUCUUCUUCAAGCAGUUCACCCCGCUUCGCCGCCGGCGCCGACGCCUCCCGCCCUCGAUCAUCCGUCGCCGACUCAACCCGCCUCCAAUUUUUCGUUCGCGUGCUCUCCGAUCAGACCCUCGUGCUUCAGGCUGAUCCGGCGGACACAGUUAAAUCGGUUCACGAGAAAAUCCAGUCUAUUACAGGUAUUCCCAUCAUCGAGCAGGGUUUAAUUUACCGUGGGAAGCAGUUGCAAUGGGAACAAACGUUGAGGGGAUCCCAGGUUCAGAACGAUGCCAGUUUGUACUUGAUUGGCCGGAUGAGGAGCACAGGGCACCCCCAGGCCUGGCAGAGAAUUAACGAUGUCGUUUCGUCGGUUUUCCAUCUCUCCAAGAACAAUUCCUCCAGGCCGCCUCUGCUGCCGCUGCCGCCUUCUAAAACUAUAAAGUGGAUGCUCAGUGAUUUCUUGAGGAAGACUCCGCAGAACGAUGAUGAACUAGCGUCUGGUCAUCUGCAGAUUUUCUGUGCUUCGUCCGCGCCUGCAGCUCUGGUAAUGCUUUACAUGUCUUCACAUAAUCCCAACAGGGACGUUGCGGAUGAAGCCAUUAAACACUUCCUCAGUUCCAGUAAGAGUAUUUUGCCCAGACCUAUUUAUCAUCUAUGCAUACCGAUAGUGUUGGAAUUCUGUAGGUUAUUGAAUAGGGCAGCAGGAAUUGAUGAUCCUUUAUAUUGUUUGUGUCGAACUACUUUGGGAGCAAUGCUGGAGGAUCUUGAAGUAGGUUUAAGGAAGGGAUUGAUUGAACUUCGGGAUGUAUUACCAUUUGUUAGUGAAAUAGCUGCUAAGCUUUCGGAAGAUUUGAUGUUAAGCUUGGAGUCAACCACCUCCCCAGGGCCUUCGAUUGAUGAAGUUAGUGAUUUCACUUCAUUUAUCUUCCAGGUCAAGAUUGCAAUGAAGAGAGAUUCCGAGUAUUGGGGUCCAAUUAAGGUACCCUUGGGCAAGGAACACUGCAACCCACCAAUGUGCCAUGCAGAUGAGAUAAACUUUUUGCACGGGAUUUUUCAGGAUUUGUUGCGUAUAUUACAGAAAUGUUUAACCAGAGUUGAGGAAUAUAUGGACUUGGUAACAACGCAGAAUGGCGAUAACCUUCCUGGUGGGACCUGGCAUUAUCUUGCACUUCUAAAGGAACUUAAUAGCAUUUCAAAACUUUAUUAUGGCUGUGAGGAAUUGUUUUGGGAAGCCAUGGAGAAGAGAAAGGAUGCUUUAUGUUAUCUUAUUGUGAAGUAUGCAAAGAGGAGUGAAGACCAUACAUGGGUUUUUGACCGGAAGGAAGUAACUAAUUUUGAGGCAAGGAGGCAUUUAGCAAUGAUGAUGCUUCCCGAGGUGAAGGAUGAGUAUGAAGAGCUGCAUGAGAUGCUGAUUGAUCGCACGCAGUUGUUGGCAGAAUCAUUUGAGUACGUUGGACAUGUAAGUGCUGAAUCCCUGCGUGCUGGUUUAUUUAUGGAGUUCAAGAAUGAAGAGGCCACGGGUCCUGGUGUCCUUCGGGAGUGGUUUUUCUUGGUUUGCCAGGAAAUUUUCAAUCCCCAAAAUGCUCUUUUUGUUGCAUGCCCUAAUGAUCGAAGAAGGUUCUAUCCAAACCCAGCAUCUAAGGUGGAUCCCUUGCACCUUGAAUAUUUUAACUUCUCUGGUAGGGUGAUUGCCUUAGCCUUGAUGCAUAAGGUACAAGUUGGCAUUGUACUCGAUCGAGUGUUCUUUUCACAAUUAGCCGGGCAUACAAUUACCUUAGAGGAUGUAAAAGAUGCAGACCCUUACUUAUACAGUAGUUGCAAGCAAAUUUUGGAGAUGGAUUCGGAGGCCAUUGAUCAAGAUGCCUUGGGUCUUACAUUUGUUUAUGAAAUUGAGGAGUUGGGAACAAGGAAGCUUGUUGAGCUUUGUCCUGGUGGGAGAAGCAUUAUUGUGAAUAGUAAAAAUAGGGAGAAGUAUGUUGAUUCUCUUAUUCAACAGCGGUUCGGUAUAUCAAUUGCUGAACAGGUAGCCCACUUUGCUCAAGGUUUUGCUGACAUUAUGAAUUCCAGACAGCUCCAGACUUCCUUCUUCAAAUUCUUGAUACCCGAGGAUCUUGACUUGAUGCUACAUGGUAGCGAAAAUGAAAUAUCUGUAGAUGAUUGGAAAGCACAUACAGAGUAUCAUGGCUUCAGUGAAACUGAUGCCCAAAUAUGCUGGUUUUGGAAGAUAGUUGGACAAAUGUCAACAGAGCAGAAAAAGGUUCUCCUGUUUUUCUGGACGUCAAUAAAAUAUCUACCAGUUGAAGGGUUCAGCGGGUUGGCUUCUCGUCUCUACAUCUACAAGACCACCGAAUCCUCUGAUCGUCUGCCUUCAUCUCAUACAUGCUUUUACCGGCUGUGUUUCCCUGCUUACGCUAGCAUGAGCACAAUGCACAACCGCCUCAGCAUAAUCACUCAGGAACACGUCGGCUGCAGCUUUGGUACUUGGUGAAAACCAGGUUUGGGAUUGUGUACAUUGUAGAAGUUUGUGUCCAUCAAGAUCAAGCAUGUAAAUAAUAGACUCUUUGAGUAUCGGAAUAUUUUGGCACUAUAUACAGACACUUUUAUGUAAUGUGCGGGAAGGAAGGAAAUUGGAUUGGUGGUGUCAUUGUAGAAGAUUGGGAUUUGGGAGUGAUCAUGUAUUAGUGCCAGUGGCUUCAUGCCCUCUUGUUUAAAUUGUCAAUAUGGAGUCGGUAACUUAUUAUAUAUUCGAGGUAAGGAAGAAGUCGGGCUUUUAUUUUA